AUGGAAACCUUUGCCACGUUCAUGGAAUACGUUUAUACUCAGGACUUUACGAUCGACGAUGCUGACGAAAAGCCUGAUUACCCCGAGAUAUCGCUCAUGGGUCUCAUCUCGCGGAGAAUAUCGCACGUGGUAAUGGAUUAUGCCGAUGAUCACUUUGACACCAAACACGACACGCGAGAAACCAUCCAGCAUUCUCCCGAAUACUACAUGUCGAUUGCCCGUCUCUACAACUUUGCGAACCAGUACGAUCUUUCAGAGCUCAUGGACCUCUGCACCGAGAAAGUUCGACUUAGCCUGGCAAACACUUCAUUCGACGACACUGACGCCCUCUCCAUUUGGACGCUCUUGGAGUUCAUCUGGCCAACAACCAACGUCGAGGACAAGCUCAGAGAGGUACUUCUUCGAUUUGUCUUGUUGAACUUGGCAACUGCAAUGCAGUCGGGACACUCCUUUCAUGUUCUGAAGAAUAUUCCUGAGAUAUCAACCGCUCUUUUGUUCAUGACCCCGUCUUCAUACUGGGAGGAGCUGUCCUCUUACAAUUGA